AUGGCAUCGAUCAAAACCUUUUUGCUUCUCUACUUGUUAUUGUUAUACAUAUGCAACAAUAAUGAGUUGCUAUCAGCAGCCAGAAUUGGAAUUGGCGGGUAUUGGGAGAUCCUCUUAAACAGUUCUGGAGUUGUGGCCAUGCACAUGGCCUUGACAAACAGGAAUACUGUCAUCAUGUUUGAUCAGACUGGAGCUGGACCAUCGGCCUUCUACCUCCAACACCGAAUUGAUGGCCGAAGGUGUACGACGUCAUACCAAGACAUCAAUGAUGGAACAUGUUGGGCUCAUUCAGUUGAGUAUGAUAUUUUGUCCAAUUCUAUUAGACCACUCCAACUACAGACCGACCCUUGGUGCUCCUCUGGUGUUUUACUUAGCAAUGGCACACUCAUACAGACGGGAGGGUAUGCUGAUGGCUACCGAAAAGUUAGAUAUUUUAUGCCAUGCUCUGACAAGAGCUGUGAUUGGAUUGAAUCUAAUUCAGAGCUUGCUGCAGAUCGAUGGUAUGCAUCUGAUCAAAUUUUGCCAGAAAAUGAUCGUGUGAUCAUAGUUGGUGGUAGAAGAUCUUUCAACUAUGAGUUCUUGCCCAAGUCUUUUGCUGAGGAGGAGGUAUUUGAACUACCAUUGCUAAGGCAAACUGAUGAAAGGAGGGUGGAAGACAACCUCUACCCUUUCCUUCAUCUUUCUUCUGAUGGAAACCUGUUUAUAUUUGCAAACCAGGACUCAAUCCUUUUGAACUACAAGAAUGGUAAGAUAGUGAAACAGUUCCCUCGGUUGGAAGGUUCUAGAAACUACCCAAGCACCGGAUCAUCUGUCAUGCUACCACUUGACCACUCAGAUGGGUUCAAAAAGGUUGAGAUAAUGAUCUGCGGUGGUGCAAGUCCAGGUGCAUUUAAUGCAGCAAAAGAGGGAAGGUUCUUGAAUGGUUUAAGAACGUGUGGGAGAAUGGUGAUAACAGAUGAGAACCCCAAGUGGGAGAUGGAGCGCAUGCCUGCCCCAAGGAUGAUGAAUGACAUGAUAAUUCUCCCCACAGGUGAUAUUCUAAUCAUCAAUGGUGCGCUACAAGGAAGUGCAGGAUGGACCAAUGCAAUAAACCCAGAGCUAAGGCCACUUCUUUAUAGACCAACUGAUACUCCUGGGAAUAGAUUCUCAUACUUGGAAGCUUCAAAGAUUCCAAGGAUGUACCAUUCAACUGCUAUCCUUUUACCAGAUGGAAGGAUCUUAGUGGCCGGAAGCAACCCAAAUGAGAGAUACAGUUAUACCAAUGUGGACUACCCAACAGAGCUUAGAGCUGAAGCUUUUAUUCCUCAUUACAUGGAUAGCUUUUAUGAUGAUCAAAGGGCUAGUAAUCUUCAAGUUGGAGAAGGUACAAAUCUUGUUAGAUAUGGAGAAAGAUUUACUCUGCGUUUUAUGUUGAUGAGCAAACCAAAAAAUGGGAUGGGUUUUCAUGUUUAUGCACCACCCUUCAAUACACAUUCCAUAUCAAUGAACCAGAGAAUGCUCAAGUUGGAAUGUGUGGAAUUGGUGAGGGAGGUUAAUGGUGCAGCUCGUGCACACUUGAUUGCUCCUAAUGCUAUUGCUGCACCUCCUGGUUAUUAUUUGAUAUUUGUUGUUAAUGGUGGCAUACCUAGUGAAGGGCAGUGGUUGAGAUUCAUCCAUUGA